AUGUGCCAAAAGCAACACAACGCUGGACAACCAAGUCCAGCCCGGGAACGUCCUGCCUCCCGGCCAGGCCCUCAUCCUUGGGCCACCGUGCGCCCCCGGAGUCCCGGGCCGCCGCCCUCGCCCCUCCACCCCGCCGGCGUCCUCCCGCCGCUCUCCCUACCUCUCAUCGCUCUUCGCCGCAGACCCGGGCGUCCGACCCCGAAGCGGGGCCUCCUCGGCGGCGGCGGCGGCGGCGGCGGCGGCGGCGGCGGGGCGCGGGGAGGGGGAGGCGGAGGGAGCCAAGAGCCGGGAGCGCGAGGCGCCGGCGGGGCUCGGGUGUCGGGAGGCGGCUCCCGCGAGCAGCUGUCGGGGGCCUGUUCCGGGGAGAGGAGCCAGGGCUGUGGCGGCUCGAGCCCAGGCGCCGCCUCCCCCUCCCCGCUCCCCCGCUUCGCCGGCUCUCCGCGCGCCCGGGCCGCGGCCCUCCCUUCCCCCGCCCGGGCAGGACCGUCCCCGCCCGCCGCUCCCACGCCCGGCGCCGCCCUCCGGGCCCCGCGCUCCCCUCCGCCCCGCCACGCCCACCCGCAUUCCCCUGCGCGCCGCGGCCUCCCCCAGGUAACCAGCUCGGCGCGCCCACCCCCCUCCACCCGCCCACGGCCCACCCCCCGGAGCCCCACAAAGGAGGAUCGCUGUAGCGAGGGCCAGCUGUGGACCGCUCAGGGCCUCCCUCUCUCCCUGCCUCCACGACGGGAUGGCCCCCCGUUCCACCCACCCACCCCCCUUUUCUGGGCUCAGUUCCUAGAGAGGGAGGUGAAGGGGAGCAGCCCCAGGGCACAGGGAAGGAGCGCGUUCCCACAGGCCCGGCGCUGCGCCGGAGUUUGCAUGGGGGAAGGGAGCGGGGCUCACCUGUCCAACCCGGCCUCCUAGACCUACUCUUUUCACAUCACCAGGCUAGGCUUCUCUCUGACCGCUCUGAGUCUCCGGUCCUCUACACCCCAGCCCAGUCUGAGGCCUGGCUCCUCCUCUCCCAGCCCCUUCCUCGACUUCCACCCUCCAGUUCCUCCCCAUAAGCCAGCAAGUCCCUUCCCAGUCUCUCUCAAGGACCCUAGCGUCCAGACUCCGAGGCCCUGGUUCCCCUGGCUACCUGCUCAAAGCCUCGGCGUCCUCCUCAGGACAGGGCCCCCUCAGGCCCAGGCAGCUCUGACCCUGGUGGGGUCGGAAGGUCUGAUCGCUGGAAAGGACAGGCCCGGACAGGAAACAAGAACUGGCAGAUGGAUGGAUAGCUCAUCAUGCCCUCUGGAUCAUAAGGGCAGCAAAAACUGCGCCUGUUGGAGACCUUCCACCGUGAACUUCACAACUCUUCAGCCAUGCGAGGGGCUAAGCUAAGUACAAACAGUAGACUCUUAGUGCCUGACUAGGACCCAGAACCACACUGUGUGUGUGGAGUCAAUCAGAGGUUGGGGUGGGAGGGAGCCUGUAAUGUUUUAAUCAAAGGAGGCUCACACAAGUGCUAAAUUGUGCCACUAUGCUCCUGAAACAGACCACUGUGUCCCAUUGAGGGUGCUAAAAGUGAUACCCUGAGAUUCCAAACUGUCUAAUUUUAAGCAUCAUGCCAUAAACUACACUCCCAUCUGUGACAUAUUCAUGGGUGGGAGAAGCAGUGUCCAAGGGGCAUCUCAUGCCCCUAUCACCUAGAUUCCAGAGAGCCCACUGGCAAGGGCUUCAUAAUGACCUGAGCCCUGAAUGGAGGGCAAGUAGUGGUAUAGACAAAGAGGCCUAUGUCAUCCUCUGGGCUGGCUGACUCCCUCCGUUCAUCAGAUAAAUAGUCUGCCUCCACCACACAACCACGUGACCAUCAGCUGAAGCUUGAAGUUCACAUAGCUCUGGAAAAUAGCAUUCAAACUUUGCCUGUCCACUUGCCACUGCCUAGAACCGGCGGCCAGAUGCAGUGUGUUAGUCACCUUCUGGAGGCUUCCUCCAGCCUCAGCACGGCUCCCACCUGGAGUGAGGCUUGUGCUUCCUGAAAAACCCCAGUCUGAGGAGUUUGGAGGUGGGAGGUGGAGGAAGAAACUUUUCUGCAGCGAUCUAUCCUCCCCAUCAUGGAAUCAACCUUUUAAUUUAUUGAACUGAUGUUAUAACAUCAGUUCUAGAAUAUUCUACUUGCCGACAGAGUGAAAACUUUCAAAAUGUGAAAGAAUCUCACACUCGAUAAAAGAAUCAUGGGAUCCCAUUAAGUGGUAUCUUUUCUUGAUGUUUCCAUAGUGUGUGUUUUCUCAUCUAUAGACACGUCACAGAGGGAGGGACUGAAAGUUUCUGUAUUCCAAGCAACAGAACAAUUAGAAAGUAAGCAAAUGAAAAUGAAAAUCUGAAAUUCUAAUUGUUAAAAAAAAAAAAAAAAUUUAUGUAGCUGGUUUUCCUGGACAGGAAGCUAAAUUCCGGGGCUGGUAUUCGACUCUGGAUGACCUUCAAAUGCAGCAGGAACCUCAGCUGGGUGUCUCUGAGAUGCACAGCUGGAGGGGGCUGAGCAGUGGGGUAGGCCCAGGACAGGAUAAGAGACAGGCAAGGGGCUGGGUCUUGCUGUGUGCUUGCUGGCGUGUCCUUUCCUCACCUAGGCAAGUGGGGCAAGAACACAGUUCCUUUAGGUGUCAUUUGGGAGCUGAGGAGACUCUUCACCUUCACAGAAAACCCUGAGGAAAGAUGGUUCUGAAGGUUUUUAAGGCCAGAUCCAAACAGUACAAGUCUCUGGGGUUUGUACCCACUGCCCAGGCCUUGGGGCUAUCUCUGUUCUAAGUGACAGAUGAUAUUCUAUGGUUUUCUCACCAUCAAGAUACAGACAAAUCCCCUUCUUUCUUUUUUUCCAAAUCCCUUUCUUCAUCUUAAAAUUCCUAAAAUGGGCUUCCUAAUCCUAUUUAGUCCUGGAUUUUCUUCCCUGUUUGUGUAUAGAAAGCUCCAGGAGUAAGAAUUGGAAAUGGGUUGACUAUACCUGCAUCUGACAUUUACUUUCCUUUGCUAUGAACUCCUCACUAUUGAGCCAUUGAAUCUCCAAGUGGGUGAAGAGAUCAAUGAGGAAUUAAUGCUAAUCUUAACAUUACUGGACUAAAACAUGUAUCCCACCUGUGAAGAGAAGUCCUGAGAGUCCUGCCGGAGUCUGAGGAUGAGUACAUUUGAUCCCUGAGUGUUAGGCUGUCCCUGCUGGUUGCAUCUGGGUAUGACUUGGUGCUUGUGGAGUCCGAGGUAAGGGGUCCCUAAGAGUCUGCUGUGGGUCUUUGAGGCUGAGCAGGUGGGAGGAGGAGGGGGCGUGAGAGCGGUUAUGACAAGAGGGAACUGAGAAAGUAAAAGCAUGCAGUGCUUGUUUUGUGCUUCUGUACACUUUCGACCCUGGGGAAUCUUCAAGGACUUUUUCUAAUAUUUAUCUUAGAUAGAUGGAGUCACUCACUCAAUAAAUAUCCCAAACACUGUGUAGGGGUUGGGAAUAAACAGUAAAUGAGAUGAAGCUCCAGCCUUCAAGGGGCUUUCUAAGUUAGUUUUUUAGCCCCCCAAGGACAAGAUUGAAAUCCCAAGAGAAGAGGUUUCAUUGAGGUCCCAGGGACCACCUAACAUCCAGAUGUGUGGAUGGAGACCCAGCUCCAGCCAAAGCAAAAUUCCUUUAAAACUCUGCUGAUUGUGAGCAGUAAGUCAAAAUAGGAAACCUGCAGGAUAACAUCCUAACUCAUUUAUUUCUUCUUUUUUUCAUUUCAUUUUUGCCUUGAUGCACAGCUUGCAGGAUCUCAAUUCCCCAACCAGGGAUUGAACCCAGCACAGCAGUAAAAGUGCACAAUCCUAACCACCAGGAAACUCCCACUGGAUCACUUCUUAUACAAAGGAAAUCAUUGAGUGUUUGCUGAAGAAAGGAGACAGUAACACAAUGGGAACCACGUGGAAAAAAUGUAAAUUGCUCCCUGGUGAUUGCUAAUAUCUUGAUGAUCUGAUAAAAUGGUGUAUAAGGCAGAGCAACCACACCCUUGCGAUAAAGCCGGAAAUUUCAUCCACAGUGAAAGAUGCUAGAGGCAGUGCCAGGGUGGGUUGGAGAAAAUCAAGACUGGUGUCUGGAAAAAUAGUUGAGAGGCUAUUGAAACUGUCUCAGUGAGCAGUGUUGAACGCUUGAGUAAAGACAGCCGCCAAAGGCAGGUGGGGACAGAUGGGAGACAGACUUCCAGGCAGGAAGGACCUCUGUAGGGGAGACAGAGGAAGAGGAUUACAGAGAACACCUAAGGCCCGUGUUCUUUCCUCACAUACCACGUUGUCUUGUUAUGGAAUGAGGACCCGACUUCAGUCCAACUUUUCCACUUUAUAACAAAAGGAGGACAUUAAAACCCAGGAAAUGGAAACUCUCAUCUAUGGCUGAACUGCAGGUUGAGGGAGGGGUCCCAGUGGAAGCCAGGUCUCCUUUCCUGAUCCCACCCCUUCUGCAGGUGCCCUUUAGAGCCAGCCGGGCCCUCUUUCCACACCCCUCCAACAAAUCGGAAUUCCAGGGCUGGGACCACGGACUACCCCAGGGCAGUGCACAAGCUUCUCUUCUACUGCGGUGACCUUGAUACUGCAUUCUGCCUGGACCACACUCUCUCUGUUUCAUAACUGCAAUACAUGAUUGCAAUACAUUACAUGUUCCUACUGAUAAUUAGAAAGGCGCUGAGUGUUUGGAUGAAGAACUGUAUGCAAACAAAAUCCUUCUUUGUAGGCCCAUUAGCAGUAAUAAACUGGAAUUAAUUUGCAAACAUCUCAUCGAAACUGCAGGAGAGGGAGGAACUUGGAGGCCGCCCUCCAAUAAGGGAGGGUUAAUGGACAAUCGUUGUUUGGUAGCAGUUACUCUGGUAAAAGUUGUAAUCUUUUAUCAGCUUAUUUUAGUAAAAAUAAAGAAUGCUUUUUAAACAUAAAAAAAUAAAAUCUUAAAAAAUUUAAACUGUGGUAAAAUACACAUAACAUGAAAUUUACCACCUUCACCAUUUUUAAAUGUAGUGUUAGUUCUGUUCACAUUGCUGUAGACCAUCAUCACACCAUUUUCCAGAACUCUUUUCAUCUUUCAUGACAGGUUCUGUACCCGUGAAACAACCCCUCAUUCCCCACUUCCCCUAGUACCCACCAUCCUACUUUCUGUCUCUACAAAUUUGACUACUUCUUAUAAGUGGAAUCUUAAGUAUUCGUCUUUUAGAGGCAGCUUAUUUCACUGAACAUAAUGUCCUCAAGGUUCAUCCAUGUUGUAGCAUAUGUGUUAGAAUUUCUUUUUCUUUUAAGGUUGAAUAAUAUUCUACUUUAUGUACAAACCACAUUCUGAUUAUUCAUUCAUUCACUGAUGCACUCAGGCUGCUUUCAUCUUUUGGCUAUUGUAAAUAAUACUGCUAUGAAUAUGGGUGUGUAAAUAUCUCUCUGAGACUCUGCUUUCAAUUAUUUUGGGUAUAUCCCCAGAAGUGGAAUUGCUGGAUCGUAUGGUAAUUCUGUUUUAAUUACUUAAGGAAGCACUACUCUGUUUUCCACAGCGGCUCCAUGAUUUUACAUUCCCACCAACAGUGCACAAAGGUUCUAAUUGCUUCAUAUGUUCAUCAGCACUUAUUAUUUCCGUUUUAAUAGUAGCCAUCCUAAUGGUGAAGUAGCAUAAAGCCCUUUCAGGACAUAGGUUUACUAAAGAUGUUGAUCUCUCCUAUCCCAACUUUGCAUAAAAUCCUAAAUUCUUUAAUCACAAUGUUUUCAUUCAAGGAGAUUUUUAGGAACAUAACCCUCAUGGUUAGAGAAGGAAUACUGUAUUGUCAUCUUAAAGUCUUUAUCAACUAGAAAGGUAAAAUUUGAAUUCUAAUUUUCUUUCAUUAUUUAGUGAAGUUGAACUUUUCACUAAAUUGUUAGUUAUGGUUUCUAUGUUGUGAAUUGUUUGUGUCUGAAUUUCUUACAUGGUGCAAAAUAAAAUGGAAAUAGCUAUUGGA